AUGAUUCGCAACAACUGUGAUGGUAACUCGGCGACUCGUACAAGGUUAGAAUCGAUAUGUGGAAGUCUGUUCCCAAAAGGCAAUCGUGGGAUUGUCCCUAGAGAUGCACCUUUAAACAUCUUCGUCAAGAUAAUCCAUUUCAUCGCUCAACAGAAGCUGGACUUCGCUUUCAAGGAUGUGAUAUUCGAUCUCUUGGCUUGUAAUCGUUCGCAAAGGUCUCUUUAUCCUGAGAGGAUGAACAUAGGAAUUCGUGCUUUGAUGGUUAUUGCUGAUGGUCUCCAGCAGAAGGAUGAGCCGCCGGCAAUGCCCAAGUCAAUGGGUCCGUCAGCAAGCGGGACAAUGCAACGGUUGAAAAAGAAAACCUAUAUUACUCGCCCACUAACGGUUGAUAUUGCUAGGUCAAUUGGUCUUGACCAGUACUAC